ACUUACCCUGCGUCCGUACCUGCAAUAGCUGUUCUAGAAAGGCGCUAUUCGAUCUAGCCCGGGUGUUACAGGCCGCUAAGCAUGGACGUAGCGUGGUGUCGGGUCUCGGGCCACCUUACUUGCAAAGCGCAGAAGAGAGCCCUGGGUCCACCUGCUAAGUUUGUGAACAAUGCGGCGUGAGAGCAAGAGCCGCUCCAAGCGCACUAACAUGGGUUGCUCAUGGUGGACGCACGAUGAUGCGGCCCGUGACGAACAUGAGGGAUGCAAAAAGCACAACCAGAUGUGCCAUUGGAAGGGGGAUACGGCGACGUUCUGAAUCGUGCAGAGGCGACGAAGACGCACUUGUGCCAAGGCACGUGGUCGCCCUGUCAAAAUGAGCCCCACUAUGGCAGGCUUAAUUCGCCGCUACUGUUGGGACCGCCCCACCCAAACACUCGUAGCGUUUUUCCAACGACUGACCCCAUUUACACACACGCUCCUGAAUGCCUCAUCAAAGAGCAAACCCUGGACAAACUCACCGGUCCUGUUACAGGCUAGGAUUGCGGUCUCCCAAUUCCGGGCGCUGUGGAUCCGUCCCGGGAGCUCUCAACCAGGUAUUGGUGGGAUGCGGGGAAUUGGCAGAUCUCAUUCGUUAGGUCCGAUGGAUAAGUCGUCUUCGAGUCAUUACACCAACGUUUGCGAUGGCGAACGUCGCCAUCGCUCAUGCCCAAGCAUGUACCAUGGCGUGAAGGCGCCUAAUAGCCGCGCAGGACAAAGGGAUGAAUCAUCAUCAUCAUGUCUGGCAGUGAGGUUUGUGCAGACGUCGUAUUUGCCGGUCCUUCGGGAAUAUUUGUCCGAUGAUGGGAAAAAUGGUACGCUUUUCACCGCUCCUCAAGGAUCCCAAGGCGAUCAUGCAGCCGGGCGACUAGACGGCUAG